CCAUUUGUUACAAUGCCAGACCUCCUGUCUUCGUUGAAGGGGUUAGAAGUAAUCGUCCAAAGUCUUUAAUUGCACCUAGGGAGACGCCAUGGAACCUUCGCUGCUUUUCAAUCAGCUCCGAGCUGCAGAACCAUUUUUCCUAUUGGCGGGUCCAAAUGUGAUUGAAUCAGAGGAGCAUAUAUUUAAGAUGGCCAAGUACAUCAAGAAUAUAUCAUCAAAGUUCGGUUUGCCACUGGUUUUCAAGUCAAGCUUUGAUAAAGCUAACCGUACAUCUGCAAAAUCCUUUCGUGGUCCAGGCAUGGUUGAAGGCUUGAAGAUACUUGAAAAGGUUAAAUUAGCAUAUGAUAUACCCAUAGUGACUGAUGUGCAUGAAACCAUACAGUGUGAACCAGUUGGCAAAGUUGCAGAUAUUAUUCAGAUCCCUGCAUUUUUAUGUCGACAGACUGAUCUUCUAGUUGCAGCAGCCAAGACCGGGAGAAUUAUAAAUAUUAAGAAAGGCCAGUUCUGUGCUCCCUCUGUAAUGACAAAUUCUGCUGAAAAGAUCAGAAUGGCUGGAAAUUCUAAUGUGAUGGUUUGUGAGAGAGGAACUAUGUUUGGAUACAAUGACUUAAUUGUUGAUCCUCGGAACUUAGAGUGGAUAAGAGAGGCAAACUGCCCUGUUGUUGCCGACAUUACACAUUCAUUGCAACAACCUGCUGGGAGACAGUUGGGUGAUGGGGGUGUUGCUAGUGGUGGCCUACGUGAAUUAAUACCAUGCAUUGCGAGGACAGCAGUGGCCGUCGGAGUAGAUGGGAUAUUCAUGGAGGUGCAUGACGACCCUGUGAAUGCACCAGUUGAUGGUCCAACACAGUGGCCUUUGCGUCAUUUGGAGGAAUUGCUGGCAGAGCUUGUGGCAAUCGCACGGGCGAGCAAGGGUAAACAACGUUUCAAUAUUGACAUGACACCAUUUCAUGAUUAGAAGCGUGAGGCAUCGUGGAAUUCGAAUUUCAAAUUGAGGUGAUAAAAGAAGCUUGUUGCCUUGAAGUGCACGUUGCGCUCUGGAAAUACUGAACUCAAUGAGGCAGGAAACUAGUUUGAACAUAAACAAUGGUUACUCCCCUAGAUUCAAGCAACUACCUAAAUCAUGAGUGGUUGGUAACCAACCUAGUGGACAGUUUUUGUAACUACACAUUAGUGGGGUAAUGAGCACCUUAAAAGGAGGCACUACAUUAGUGGGGUAGUGGCCUUGUGAUCGCUGAGAGCAUCUAUAAAAGGGAUAGCUUGCAGAUACAAGCAUUUCACUCCAUCUCGACACGAUUUUAUAUUACUUCUUGUAAUGUAUUGAAGUUAAAAAGAAAACGAGGGUGUUACUCCAUACAUCCUGUGUCUUUGUGUUGUGUAUUGUUACCUAACCUAGGUAAGUGAGUGAAGACUGACUAAGGUUGAGACCUUAGGCCGCACAAUGCUGUAAAUUCUUGUUUGGGAUUUUGGCCUUGUGACAGUUGGUAUGAGAGCACGAUUCUUAUC